CAGCCUCUUCUCCUCCAUCUGUACACCCUGAUGCUAACUAACACCCAUGUCACGUGCUGUGUGGUGCCGCUGCGGCCCCUCCCUCCCAGCCAUAGCCACCCGCCGUGUGGCCGGCAUCGUCCAUAUAUGGGUCGUACUGGUGGCCUCCCUCAUCCCAGUCGCCCUCCACCACCCGAAGCACCACGCCGGCCACACACAUGGCAACACUCGACGCCGCCGCCUCGCCGUUUGCUUCGUCGCUUUGCUUCUGGGUGGUGGGGUCGUUGAGCCAGGUGGGCACCAGGAUAAUGAAUCGAGGGCGGCGAGGGUGGUCAGCCAUCGCCUCGGCUGCCGCCUGCUCUUCCUGCUCGCCAUGGGUGCUGAAGUCCUCAUCGCGCAGGAGGGGACGCAACCUGCAGACACACAUAGAAACAUUAUCAUGACUGACUAACCCGAACCUCUCAUUUGGUAUGUCUGCCUACGAUUUCAGCGAUAGGAGCACUUUGACUUGGUAGGUUCCGUCAUGUCCACUGCUGCUACUCGCCGCCUGUGCCGCGCUCGUCAGCGGCCACGCCCGUCCGUGCAGCUGGGCCGCAUCACUUGGCCCGUGGCCGUGGUGGUGAGGGUGGUGCGGCGGUGCCGCCCAACCCGGCGCGUCGAGCUCGAAGCCCUCCACUUCGAUGGCCUUGUUGAGGUAAGACCCGCCGCCAUUCUGAUGCGAUGAGAGGAAAUCCGCCUGCAUCCAUGUAAGCAGAGGAACAGAGGGAAAUGACUGACGCCAUGCAAGACGUCGUGGUGGCGUCCUCCUGACCCGUCACCUGCCUGUCGUCUGGUGAUGAAUCCGUAUCCGUCUUUCUCGAAGUACCCGUCGCUCCCCCCACCCCCGCCCUGCGUCCCCAUCAGCGCCAGCACCUCCUGCACCUUCUUGGGAGCGAGCGUCUUGUCCACACUCUGCCCGUGGUGCACCUUGUCGAGCCGCUCCAGCAGCCCCCCCGGCACCGCACGCUCCUUGCCGCCCUUGGCCUUGCGCUCCCCCGCCCCCCACCCCGCCGUCAUCUGCCCCUCUGGGCAUAUCGGCGCCUGGUCGAUCAGCGCACCGAUGUCCAGCGGCGGGGCGGCGCUCUGCUGUGUGCCGGUCGGUGGCCGCGGGGUCUUGGGUCUCACUGGUGUGGGAGGGUGCUGCUGCUGCUGCUGGUGGUGUCUGAAGAUCCCAUCUAGCACGCUGAAGCUGGUGUUGCCUGUUGUUGUUGUGUUGGGGUUGGCGGGGCCUGCCGAUGCUGGGCCUUGGUUGGUCGGUGCAGGUGAUGGCAUGGCGCGGGGCGGGAAGGAGGGAGGCGCCGAUGGAGGUGCGAUGGGCCUUCCGCGGGGAGCAGCAGGAUGCGAUGGACGGAUGGCAGGUGUCCUGGCAGAGGGAAAGGGGCACAUGCAUGAUAUGCAGACACAGACAGGUGAGCAGCACCGUUGCUCAGUCAGCAUCUUCUCGCGUACUUACUUGGGUCGGUAUUGUGCGCCAUGACUCGGCGCCAGACGUGUGCUACUAACGGGGAAAUUGGGGCGAGGAGCUGCAAGGUGGUGGUUGGUAGCACACACACGGAAGGCGCGUUGCGGCGGGGCGAGAAAAGGCAAUAUUGCUCACUCGCGUUUGUGCUGGCAGGCUGGCCGCCGUGCAAUUGCUUGAAGAGGUCGCUAAAGGAGGUCCUGGCAGGCAGCACAGGCAGGCAACACACAGCCACACAAACACCACAACAGACAUCGGCUGAGGUCACGAUCUGAUUUCCAUGUGUUUGAUGGUCCACUUUUUGACAGGAGGCCUCCCCGUCGUCGGCACGUGGCGGUUAUCCAUGGUUCUCCC